AUGGAGUAUCCUCUGGUGUUCUGUUUGUUGAUACUGUUGGGUUGUGGACUACUUCAUUUUCAGGCUCAUAGAAGCUUAGCUUGCUUGGAAGAAGAGAGAAUUGGCCUGUUGACUUUGAAAGAUGCCUUCAAUUACCCAACCGGGUCUUCUCUUCCUUCAUGGGGUGCUGAGGAGACAGACCGUUGCAGGUGGGAAAGGAUUACUUGUGACAGCAUGACCAAGCGAGUGAUACAGCUUUCUCUCAAUGAUACAAGACAAGUGGAGUUCCUCAACGCCUCCUUGUUCCUUCCCUUCCAGGAACUACAAAAUUUAAGCUUGGCAGGGAACUUCAUCACAGAUUUCUCUCUAUCUCUGUUCCCCGCCCCCGGGAAUACAAUAAAAAGCAACUCCAUGUUUGCAUGGAGUAUUCAGAUUGAACAAGCUACAAGUUUAAGAUUUGAGUUUCAAUUGGUUCACAGAAAUUCCAUCAUUGGGUCCACCACAGUCCUUAAAGGUCCUGAUUCUUGA